UGAAUUCGGUCAGGCGGCUGAGUCAGGCCCACAUGUGGCUACGGCGUUUGAGAAGAGUACAUUCGGCGCCAGUCUUGAAGGCACGUACAUAUGCAAGAUCACAUGGAAACGUGGUAGGACAAGAUUCCUCAGUGCACUUGCUUGCACGUGCCGCAAACGGAGCCAUUUAAUUCGAUUAAGACAUUUUCUCUGACACCCCUAGGCUUUUGCAGCAGUGUCAGUCAGGAAACCUACCUAUCCUGUGAAGUGAUACUACUGUUGUGAUAAUACUGAUGAGCGGGCUUAAUCAGGUUCGGAACUGCAUUGUGCAUCGUUCCCAGCAGCUGCAUUAUCUUCACACAGAGCUCUUCAAGACGACUUGAACAGAUCGAAUUCGCGACUACAAAAGGGGCCUUCCCUUCAAGUACUCUAGCAGAACGCAAAUUCCUUUUACAGGACCACAGAGCUCUCUCGUCUUUCGCAUCCGCUGCCAGGCGCAGGUUGCAGCCAAGCCCCCCCACAACACUUCUACGACCAAUUCCAGACUCCACUGACAAAAUGAAGGGCGCUUCGCUCCUUGCGGUUGGCGCCGUGGUCAUCCUGGCCAGCUUCUUGUCUGCUGCCAACGCAGAUUGCACCCCCGCCGCCCCCAACCCCUGCUACAACGCCCCCGGCAAUGCCAGCAUCUGCUGCCCCGGGGCCUGUGGCCCCAGCACCGGCGAGGGGGGGGUCACCGCCACCUGCGCAGGCACCCCCCCGCCAGCGACAUUGACUCCGGCGCCAACCACCAACGCAACCACACCUGCCCCAACCACGUCGGGACCACUGGGCACGGUGUACAUCGUGUUCGACUUCAGCAACCCCGAGACGAACUGCGCUGACCAGGCGGCGGCCCCCGGGGGCGGCUUUGCCUUCGGCGACAUCUGCCUUUACAAGGGCCCUAUUCUGGCGUCCGACCUCAAGACCGUGGUGGGCACAUACGUCGAGAGCGAUACCACGUUUUUCGCGGCGGACGGCGUCGACUAUCUGACUGCUUCCACCACUUUCUACUUCACCACCGAGGAGAUCAAGGGCCCGGUAGACGCGAUCAACACCCUCGGCACCGCAGCUACCGUGGUUACGGAGAUCGCCAUCGUUGGCGGAACCGGAAAGUACCGCGGGGUGGACGGAUACGUCGUUUCCGGUUUGGGCGUUGACCUCAGCCCCGCUGCCGACGGCUCCAUCCUGGCCUUCCCCAAGGAGUUCCAUCUGUUUUAAGCUUCUGAGAAAAGCGGUGUGCUAGUCCGCAGACUCCAGCUGAUGAGCUGCGUAUGGCCAGAUUAUUCAUAAAUACAAAAUAAUGUUCUGAGCUUCUGAAGCCGAUAUGUAUUCUGAAGUUCUAUGGCCUACUUCAAGGACUUCCAUCCCACGGUUCCGGGAUUGAGGUUAUAGAAGUUGAUGGCCUACCCCAAACGUUCCUUUAUCUUUAUUUUGAGACUCUGAAUUGAAGCUUUGAAGCUCCCGGAGGUUGGCUCGAUGAACUUGGACCAGGCAUAUUGGAGGGCCCAUGUUCACUCGCGUUGCGACGGGCGAAUCUUCAGAGCACCCAGUCACAUAGAAUCCUAAUGACUUUAUUCCUUUGAACUUCGUUAGAGGUACGUAGCUGUUGGAGCGAGUUAAGCUGAGCUUGAUCUGGUCCAGCCUAAGACAGGUUUGCAGGUUUGAAUCAGCCAAUAAGCCACUCGAUCUGGCGUUGUUGAUCGACCAGUUUUCAGUAAGGAUCAGAGUCUUAGCAAAGCCGAGGCCAUGGAUUGCUUGCGAAAUACACUGGCAAGCUGAAGUUGUGGACACGGGGUCGGAUAAUUAUUGAGGAAUUGCAAUUUUUUACAAUUGUAGCGAUGCCCAGUGAUUUUGCUGACCCCGGCCUGCAGGCCGACUGGCAACUAAAAGUCGUUGUAUCUCUGCAUAAGUCACGGUCCCCAGAUGUUCUGAUCCCUACAACAAUUAAAUUGAUGAGAUUGAUGGCUUGGUACGGUAUUAAGUC